CAAGACUGCACGAUUAUACAUGGCUAUGUCUAUGAUAGCAUUUUGUUCGCUUCCUGGAUUUCUUGGAAAAUAUUAACAUAGCGAAGAAUUGUCACGUGAUCGGUAUAUGAGAUCAAAGAAUCAUGACAUUUAUUUUUUUUUCUCCAUAUACUUAAACUUUAGAAAUAAUUUUGAUAAAGAAAAGAUGUUGAACAAUUGUAUUAGUCUUAUCUAUUAUUUGGACAUAUAAUAUAAAAAAGAUUUAUUUGUUCAUAUUUGUUAAUAUCUUUAAAAUAUUUAUUUCGUAACUGUAUUAUUUAAAUUAAAAAAAUAACGCGAAUAUAGGUAUUCGAAUAUAAGCGAGAAUUGUUAAAAUAUGAUGGAUCAAUUAAAAAUGGUUGUUUUAGGCUGUGUUUGUAAAUUCACUGUCAAUACUGAAAAUCUAUAGUACACGUGACGUAAAUUAUACAUUUUCGGUGGCAGUAAAUUUACGGAUACAAUCUAUAUUGUGCUGAAAAUGCUUUAACCUUUUAGUUUUGUUGGUCAUAAGUUGGGUGUAAGUUUGUCACUUCUGUGCUGUCGAAUGUUAAUGUAAACACAUAGUGGAGUCGUAGAGAAACUUGUGAAGAAAAAAAAGAGCAUUAACGUGACAGUACAUUUAAGAUUGUUUCUAUGUGUUAAAAGUAAUUAACGCUAUGUUAAAAUGGAAUUGGGACAGGAAAUUAUCGGUGGCUUAACAAGCAUCCAAAAUAGCAAUAUUUUACCUGAAGAAACAUUUUUACAAUUAUUAGAUGGUGUAAUGUCAUAUAUUUCUAAGAAUAUUAACAAUGGAAAAAGUAUUUUUACUACUGUAUAUCCAUCCAAGUCAGAGCUGAUAAAGAUUGCUAUUGCUAAUAUAUCUUGCCUCUUUAUAGAGGCUGCUCGGUAUGAUUAUGAUGAAGAAAGUUUAAAACAUUUCCUACAUAAUGAACAUAUUAAUGGACAAAGAAUUGAAAAGCUAUGUAAUACAUAUAUAAAUAAUAAACAAGAUAUUCAGACUCAAUUGGAAUUAAUAGGAGAUAGCUUUCCACAUAUAGUAGAUAUAGAUUGGCGUUUACAUCAUUGUGUAAAAAUUAGCACUUGUCGAUCUGACAACAUACCAAUUUAUAAUAUUCAAAUGACUACAAGAAAAUAUAAUCAAGUAAAACAUGUAACAUUUACAUGUACUAUACAACAACUACAAGAAUUAGUAUACAAAUUGAAGGAUAUUGUAAGACAUAUUGAAAAAAUAUCUAAUAUAUAAAUAUUUAAUGAGUAUAUCAUGUAAUUUAGAAUUACAUUUUUCUUAUUUGAUGAUGAUUUGUAAGCGGAAGAUAAUAUUCUAUAUGAAUAAUACACAAUUUUAUAUAGGUGCAAUCAUUUAUAUUUUCGCAUUAUCAGUGAAGAGAAUAUCUUGUUGUAAUCCGUAUAGAAUCAUUAUUAUAUUAUUUUUAUAUGUUUAUGUACUUGUAUAUGCAUAUACAUACACAUAUAUAAAGUUGAUUCAAAAUACAAUGUAUUUUCUAUUCUGUAGCCCAGUAUCUAAAAAUUUAUUUUUGUUAGACGAGAAAAUACAAGUUAUGGUUAUAUAUCUUUUUAAUUAAAUAUAGAAUUAUAUUAAUAAUUCUUUUUCUAUAUUACUAUGCAAUACGUAUUUUCUAAUCAUAAUACAUUAUAUACAAAUAAAAUUUAGUAUAUUUUUG